CGUCGCACAACUUCACGUACUCUUUGGCGCUGCAGCAGGAGGCGGCGGAGUGGAACGAUGUGAUUGCGCUGCCGAUGAAUGAGGGGCGCCCAUCGACUAAGAAGACGGUUGGUGGUGGACUCAAGUGGGGGAAUGAGGCUGAGAUCGGGCUGAGCCGCAAGGUGUUCCGGUGGUUCGACAUGGCGCUGCGGCUGUUCCCGACUGCGACGUACUUUGCGAAGGCCGAUGAUGACUCAUUCCUGCGCGUACCGCAAUACCUUCUUGACCUGCGCACGCUGCCUCGCCGUGGGGUGUAUUGGGGAGUGCCCGUGGACGCAACUGCACAAAAGGGGACUGUACUGCGCAGGUUUCAUUACUUUUCCGGGAUGCUCUACACUCUUGCGAGGGACGUGGUGCAGCAGCUUGUGUCGUUUG